GCUCCGUCUUUAAUAACAUAGAAUGUUAAUUGUUCAAAUCCUACAAGACAACUCAUGACAUGUAGUGUUUUUAUGUAUUGGGACGAGGAUGACUAGGCGAAACUUGGUGUACUCUUGUUGCAGCAUGUUCAAUGAUUUUUUACCAUGCAUUGGACAUGAGCAUCCUUAUUUGGAGAGUAGAUGCAGUAUUAAUUAAUUAGCUGCAUUAGUGCCAUUAAUCAAUCCAUUGAAAAUGAUUGAUUGCCAUAUUUUGCAAAAUCUUAUCAAACGAGUCUUCUUUGAAUUAUCCAGGAAUUAAAAAAUGUAUUUUGAGAAAGGUGUGAGGACGUUAAUGGCAAAGCUUCUUACACUUCUGAUCUGGUGUUCUUACGUGGUUUCCAUCUCAAAGGUACUCUCCGCUGCCUCUGACAUACUCAUAACAGCAAAUCAAUCCCUUAGAGAUGGUGAAACCAUAGUUUCAGCUGGGGGAAACUUUGAAAUGGGAUUUUUCAGCCCUAUCAAUUCGAAUAACCGAUUCUUCGGAAUAUGGUACAAGAACAUUCCAGUUGACCCAGUUGUCUGGGUUGCCAACAGAAAUAUGCCGCUCACAGAUUCAUCUGGAGCUCUGAAGAUGACUGUCCAUGGAAUUUUAGCCAUUUUCAAUCGCACCAACCACAAAAUUUGGUCUUCGAAUGCAUCAAGACCAGCAUAUGAUCCAGUUGCUCAGGUUAUGGACUCGGGAAAUCUGGUAGUGAGGAAUAGAAAUGAAAGUAACCCUGAAGACUACCUUUGGCAAAGUUUUGACUAUCCAUGUCAUGUCAUUCUGCCAGAAAUGAAGCUCGGGCGGAACAUAAUCACAGGACAUGAUUGGUAUCUUACAUCGUGGAAGAGCAGUGAUGAUCCAUCUCCGGGUGAUUAUACAUAUCGCUUUGAUCCUAAUGGGUUUCCACAGGAGUUUCUGAGGAGUAAUUCAGUUGUACAGUUUCGUUCAGGGCCGUGGAAUGGUGUGAGGUUUAGUGGCUUUCCACUACAAAAACCAAAUCCAGACAUUAAAUAUGGCUUUGUUUUUAAUAAGAAGGAGAUGUAUUACUCCUAUGAGAUUCUUAACAACUCAUUUGUUUCAAAGGUGGCCUUAACUCCAAAUGGAAUGAUUCAGCGGUUCAUAUGGGCUAAUUUAACCCAUGGUUGGAAUGCUUAUGGGAAUAUGGAUAUUUGUGACAGGUAUGGAUUAUGUGGUGCUUAUGCUACUUGUGAUAUUAACAAUUUGCCAGUGUGCAUGUGUUUGAAAGGGUUUGUGCCAAAAUACCCAAAACAUUGGAACACAGCAGAUUGGUCUGGUGGGUGUGCUCGAAGGACGCCGCUCAGUUGCCAAAACAGAGAUGGGUUUUUUAAGCAUUCUGGUGUGAAGGUGCCAGACACACGCAGUUCCUGGUUUAAUGAGAGCAUGAACCUUGAGGAAUGUAAGAGUUUGUGCCUAAAGAACGGCUCGUGUACAGCUUGCACGAAUACAGAUAUCAGACGAGGAGGGAGCGGAUGCUUGCUCUGGUUUGGGGACCUGAUUGAUAUGAGACAGUUGACUGAAACUGGGCAAGACGUUCACAUAAGGGUGGCCGCAUCAGAAUUAGAAUCCGUAGAUCCAGCAGAGAAGACGGAGACAAAGGCAAGGUCCAAUGUCAAAAAACGAAUGAGGAUCACAGUGAUUAGCUCUGUGCUAAUUACAGCAACUCUGCUCCCUGCCAUAGCCCUGAUCUUGUAUGUCAAGAAAAGAAAGAAGCAAAUUAGACAAGGAACAACUCGACAUGGUCCUGGAAGAAAUAAUGAAAGCCCAAAUGAAGACCUUGAGUUGCCAUUAUUUGAUCUAGCUGUAUUAGCUGCUGCCACCAACAACUUUUCUGCGGACAACAAACUUGGAGAGGGUGGUUUUGGACCUGUUUAUAAGGGUACGUUGAAAGAGGGACAACAAAUAGCUGUGAAGAGGCUUUCAAGGAAUUCUAGACAAGGACUUCACGAGUUCAAGAAUGAAGUUAAACUCAUUUUUAGGCUUCAGCACCGAAAUCUUGUGAAGCUCCAUGGCUGUUGUAUUCACAGGGAAGAAAGGAUGUUAGUCUAUGAAUAUAUGCCAAACAAAAGUCUGGACUACUUUCUCUUUGAUGAAGGUCAAAGCAUGUUGCUCGAUUGGCCCAAGCGCUUCCACAUUAUCGGCGGAGUUGCUCGCGGACUACUUUAUCUUCAUCAAGAUUCCAGACUAAGGAUAAUCCAUCGAGAUCUCAAAGCCGAUAAUGUUUUGCUAGAUUAUGAAUUGAACCCAAAAAUUUCGGACUUUGGCAUGGCUAGAUGUUUUGGAGAAGCAGAAAAUACAGCCAAUACAAAUAGAGUGGUCGGAACAUAUGGCUACAUGUCCCCAGAGUAUGCAAGUGAAGGACGCUACUCGGUGAAAUCUGAUGUAUACAGCUUUGGUGUUUUGGUGCUAGAGAUAGUGAGUGGAAAGAGAAACAGAGGAUUUUGUCAUCCUGGUCACUGCCAUAGCCUGCUUGGGCACGCAUGGACACUCUUCAUGGAAGAAAGGUCGUUAGAGCUUAUUGAUGUCUCGGUAGGGGAUUCCUAUAGCAUCGUUGAAGUGUUACGUUCGAUCCAUGUUGGUCUUUUAUGUGUACAACAGUGUCCGGAAGAUAGGCCAAGCAUGUCUUCCGUGGUUCUGAUGUUUGGCGGUGAUGGUGCACUGCCUCGUCCAAAACAGCCAGGUUUUUUCACUAAAAGAAACAGGGUUGAAGCUGAUACUUCUUCGAGCAAGUAUGAACAAAGUAGUUCAACCAAUGAACUCAGCAUUACUUUAUCAGGGGCUCGAUAGAAGGCAUUAUAUUUAUAUUGCAGUAUGCCGUAAAACCAGUGAAAUAUAUUAUUUGGGAACAGUUUCAGGGCUUUUUAUCAUCUUUGAAUGGGUUCAUGUAUAUGUUGAGAUAUUAACUAAUAUGAGCAGUUCUCUUUUUUGCUAGACCAUUUUUAUAUACCGUGUCUUCUGGUCA